AUGGUGAUCCGUUCGGAAUCAGAGAACUAUAACUUUCAGCUAUAUAUUCAGCCUCAGAUGGGCUUUACAAAUCGAUUGCUGGCGCAGACCCUCGGGGGAACGACAGAGCUAAGCGCUUUAGUAGAAGGGCCUUACGGAAAUGGAUUUGACCUAAGAGAUUUUGGCACAGUAGUUCUGUUUGCCAGCGGGAUUGGAAUUGCCGGGCACCUUGCAUAUGUUCAAAGUCUUAUAUAUGACUAUCGGAAGUUGAAGACGAAGACUAGAGAUCUUCUACUAGUCUGGCAGGUAGACAACAAGUACCAACUGGACUUAGUAUGGGGUGUAAUGAAUAACAUAUUGAGGAGAGACGAUCUUCCAAUAGCUACUAACCUCCAUGAUAUGCGCAAUCAAUGGGAAAGCGGAAAGCGAGGCCGAGGUCUAGGCAGUAACGUUACCAACGAAAGUCCGGGUGUACGGCCUAUACCGCAUGGAGAGAAUAUUAUAGACGUCUAUAUCUACGGGAACUACAAGAUAUUGGAUGAAGCAGGACACGCAGUACCAUGCAAGCGGGCAGGCAGCCGCAUUGCGGAGAUGGAGGGACAGCCAGAUGUGCAGCAAAUCAUUAGCGACGUACUCAGGACUGGAGUGGGAAGACUGGCGAUCUGCGGUAAGCUUUGUGGCUAA